CCAUUUCUCGCCCAUGGGUGCCUCGAACCGCCCCGGCCUCCUCGACGCCAAGCUCGAGCUGCUGCUCGGCUGCGCGCUGCCGCCGCGGCAUGCCGAGGGCGCGAGCAGCUCGCUCCGGCAGGCCCUCUCCGCCGCGCCGCGCGACAAGCUGCUCGCGUACGCGCUCCACUUUGCGCAGCAGUACGGCACGGCGGGCGAGGCAGGGACGGGGGUGGCGCUGCUCGAGGAGUACACGCGGGCGUACACGCAGCAGUAUGGCUUAAACGCCGUCGACCGCCGCCUCGUCACCCUCCGCCCGCAGCUGCUCGAGGCGCACCUCGAAUCGCUCUCUCGAGAGGCGAGCGCCUGCAAGCGAGUCGCGCGCAGCGGAGACGCGGCGGCGGCAGAACAGCAGGCCGCAAAGCAGGCGGAGGUGCAAGACGCGGAGGCGGCCCUCGGCGCCGCCCGGCGAGAGCUGAGCCGGCUGGUGGCCAAGCGGGCCUCGGCGGACUCCGCUGUCGGCGGCUUGUCUGCAGACCUGCUGCGGCUGUCGGUGGGUGGGAUGGGCGCGAGGCGGGUGCUGCGGCGCUGA